AUGUCGGCCUAUCGUCCAGUAGCUCGGAUAACUUGUCGAGUUGUUGAGGUGCAGCCCGAACAAUGUCUCGAUCCAGAAGGUUUCCAGGUCAAUGACCAUUCAGGAUGUAAGCCUCGGACUCUCACUCUGACCUCGACCUACCAAUUCUUCCUGUGCGCCGGCGACGCCUUCGACGUUGGACGAUCUCACCAUAAUGAUGUUAUAAUCAAGCACCCCUAUGUCUCGCGCAAGGCCUUCACGAUAUACGCGGUUGACUACGAACAGGACGGCAGCGAUGUGCAGCCCCUUGUUUACGUUCGAGACUGCAGAUCUCUUACGGGCACCUAUGUCAAUGGACGUUGCAUCGGUUCCCAGGAGCUAGGCAACGCAUCUGCUCAUCUCUUGAGCCGAGGUGAAGUCAUCUGCCUUAUUCCAUAUUGGCAGUUCCACAUCGAGUUACUGGGCAUACCAGAGCUGAGGUCUCCUCUUACCAGCCUUCAACGUGAUGAGACUCAGGCUAAUCAUUGGGCGAAGCUGUUCUCCGACCGAUACUUCAUUACCAAUCGAAGUCUAGGCAGUGGAUCUUUUGGUUCGGUACGUCUUGCUCUCAAGGUGCAACCCGGGCAACAAGUCGUUUGCAAAAUCCACAAUCUCGAGCAAAUGCGAACGCGCCCCGGUUGGCGAGACUCAGUUCGACGCGUCAUGGACGAAACGGAUCUCCUUGGAAAACUACACCAUCCUAAUCUUCUGGAUUUUGAGUUUGCCUACAAGUCGAAGGAUACGCUGUAUACCUUUACGGAGCUCGCUACUGGUGGCGAUUUAUUCUCCAUGCGUUCAUCAUACUACCACGGGUUCGAAGAGAAUGACGCUAGAUUUGUUGUCAAGCAAAUUGUAUCCGCCAUUCGAUACCUCCACAAGAAAGGCAUUGCGCAUCGGGAUCUAAAGCCCGAAAAUAUCUUUUUCGCCGCAGGACCCUUCGUCACGGGCCGAGUCAUAGUGGGAGAUCUCGGUUUCGCCACGUACACCACUUCAGGUCGCAUGAACAGUCGAAUCGGAACUGAUAUAUUCAUGGCACCAGAAAUAUACCGCGGACAGUCGUACGGCACAGCCGUUGACAUCUGGUCAAUCGGCGCCAUAAUUCUCUUCCUGCUGGCCCCUGACCAAGAAAAGCUUCCCUGCUUGAGAGAGCUCAAUCAAGAAGCCAUCGACGAAUUCCUUGGAGCCCUCUUCGAUAGAGGGUACUUCAAUGGGGUGUUGAGCGAUAGCUGCCAAAGCUUCAUUCGGUCUUGUAUGAUUGUGGACCCCCAGUCCAGAAUCACAGCGUAUGAGGCGAAACGUCACCCAUGGCUCCAAAAUGAUGAGCAAGGGUCCAGCAGACGUAUCAGAGAAGUUGAGGAGUGGAGACCAGCACAUCUCGUUGCGCCUCCCGUGGUCGACUUGGAUCUCAUCAAGGCCAGCCCAGGCAAGAAGAGGAAGGCUGCGAAUGAAGGCGAGAUAGCAAUGGCUUCGCAACAGUCACGGCACUUUGCUACUGCAGGGUCAUCACCGAUCAAGCGCCGCAAACAGUCCCCUGAUACUGCAGGCUCAUCGCCGACCAAGCGCCCCGAGAAGACUCCUGAUACUGCAGGCUCAGCACCGAUCAAGCGCCCCAAGAAGAUUCCGACAAUUACCCUGACGCACCCAAGCCAAUGA